GGGAGCGACGGAGAGCAGAGCUGAGCGCGAGCACGAGCAGGAGCGCGAGGCGGAGGCAAAGGAGGCACAAAAUUAUAACAAGACGAAGACGAAGAGCGCGCGCCGUGAGCGAACCGAACGUCGGGCUCCGGGAAACACAUCGAUUGUCGCCACUGUCUCGUUCCGCGUGACUGUGUGACGAUCGCUCGAGGUGCGGCUCGCGCUCCAGCUGAGCCAGGGCAGAGGGGGGGCUGAAGAAGAAGAAUAAAGAGAACAAGUGAUCGAGAAGCUUCCCUGACGGCGGCGCGCUGGGGGACAGUGAGCGGCGACAGGAGCACCUCCAUCAUCCAUCACCAUGUGCGCAGCAGGAACAAGCUAGCCUGGAGGGCAGGAAGGAGCCGGCCUUCGCAGGCACGUUUCGACAUGGUCGAUUCCUUCCUCAGCGCCCGCUCCAUGUGUUCGGGGCCACGCUGAGUCGCUGGAGGAGAAAGGGGUUCGAUUACAUGGCAGCACCUUUUGCACCGGUUCCUACCCCAAUGAGGCGCGCCUCGCAGACCACUGGCAGCUUCCGGAACUGGCGGACGGCCUCCCUGGACAGCGUCUCCAGCAGCUCCAGCUCGUCCACGUGGGUGAGCGUUCUCCCCGGGACGCCUAGCAGAGGCCAUCCCUGCCUGAGGCCCAGCGCCUCCCUGCCGGGCCGCGCACCAGCCCUACAUCCGCAUUCCAGCAUCCAUGUCUCCGGCACCUUGACGGAAUAUUCCAGCAGCUCACGCCUCAGCUGGGAAGAUGGGCCCAUCACGCCCACUGUGCUGGGAUACGAGGUGAUGGAGGAGCGCGCAAAAUUCACCGUGUAUAAGAUCCUGGUGAGGAAGACCCCACAGGAGAGCUGGGUGGUCUUCAGGAGAUACACAGACUUCUCCAGGCUGAACGACAAGCUGAGGGAAAUGUUUCCAGGAUUCCGCCUCUCCCUGCCACCCAAGCGCUGGUUCAAGAACAACUACAACCUGGGCUUCCUGGAAGAUCGGCAGCUGGGCCUUCAGACGUUCCUGCGGAACCUGGUGGCACACAAGGACGUGGCCAACUGCUUGCCGGUCAGGGACUUCCUGUGCCUGGAUGACCCACCAGGCCCCUUUGACAGCCUGGAGGAGAGCAGGGCUUUCUGUGAAACCCUCGAGGAGAGCAACUAUCGGCUCCAGAAAGAGCUGCAGGAGAAGCAGCGGGAAAUCAACACCCUGAGGAAGAUGCUGGAGGAGCAGCAACAGCACAUCGAUGUGCUGGAGAGGAGAAUCCAUGUGGAAUCCCUGACCCCGGAGAGUCCCUGCCAGCUGUCUGCCCAGGGCAGCGAAAGCAGCGUUGAUGUUGACGUGGACGUGGAUGUGGACGCAGAGUGUUCGGCAGCAGAGGCCGACCGGGAGAUAACGGAAGACAAAAGCCGUAGCGUAAAGUCCUCGAGACGUUCGUCCUGUUGGUGCGGACCAGACAUCGCCAACUCCCCGCCCGUCAUCCCUUUGUCGCUCGUCCGACAGGAGCAAUGACCGCAACCUCAACGUGCAUCACGGAUCCUGCGCUCUCCCUCUUCCUCGUCAACCCGGGACAGGAGAGUGGCAACCAGGGGCCCCAGCGACCGCUGCUUCAGUGGAGGUAGCAGGUUCUCUUCACCUUGACCCUCCAUGUGAAGGGGGGGGCGCAGCUCUCCUGAUCCCUGCCUUUCCCUGAAGCUUCUACGAGUCGUUCCUUCGAUCACGUGAGGAAACAUCCUGGAGAAACAAACCGUGGCACCAGGCGCCACCCCGACACCAGCCUGGAAAAACGAUUUCCCCGUGAAAAGUUUCUCGAGGCCACGUCCGUCACCGAACCCGUGAAACACCAAGUAAGCGCGAGACACAAAUAACGUUUUCCGGCGGCAGUGUUGGUGGAGGGAAGGUUCAUCUUGAGUGAACACUGGAUUUAUUCCUACGUGGGGAAAGUUCCGCGAAGGUCAACGGCCCCGUUUUCUCCAUGAUACACGUCGGCAGUGUCUUUUUUGAAGCUCCUUGAAAUGUCCAUCUGAAAUGUCCCAUUUCCUCCCCAAGUGACAUUAUUUUAAAGAGCAAUGAAAUUAUACAUCUUAAUACACUCAAUAAAUGCUCGUACCCAGAGUGACCCUAGCAGACACCAGCAGAGCAAGAACGUCCGAGACGCCGGAUGCAGCAGGUUCUCCUCGGCACUCGUCCUCCUGCUCAGUCCGUUUCGACUGAAGCCUUCGUUAACGUUGCAUCUCAAUCGAAACGACACCUCGGACUCAUGCAAGCUUUGGAAACGCUCACAGUGUUUUAUAGCCAAUUAGUUCCUUUCGACGUCACCCGCGCUUGCAGCCUGUCGAGGAUUAAACGUUAAAGUGACCCUUGGCCUGCACAACGUGCGGAAGGUAGAAUUUUCCGGAGCUCGAACAGGUGGAAGGAGAUCUUCCUCAAGCUGCGUAGACUGCAGGCGCUGUCGUGGCGCAGUGUGCGUGUGCAGGCAGCGCGGUUCACUUGUACCUAAUUUAUACCGUGCUUCUCUUUUUUUUUUAAUUUUGUACGGAAACUGCUAAAUCUAAUCUGACCCCUCAGAGCGAAAGUUCCUUCUCAUGGCUUAAAAAAAAGAAAAAGCGGCGAAAACCGAAACUGAAAUGUACGUGCGAACAAAUACGUGCGUCUUUCUGACACUCCGUAGAUCUGUUAGAAAUAAGUUAUACAAAUAUAACACAAGUCUCUAACAACGUCAGUAAAUGACAGUAGGGCACUUUGCGCACAUGAGAAGAGUGUAGUCAUAUAGGAAAGGGCUUUGCUUAUGGUAAUGGGGUUCCGCAGAGUCGUCCCCCCCCACACACACAUACACACCCUACACAGCACACUGCUGGCCUUACAAAAUGAAGAGUGAGCACGUGUGAAUGCCAUCCUGGGGGUCUCAUGAUUUCUUAGGUCCUUUGGGGGGGCAUUUAAGCUCAUUUACUUGGUCUUUUUGUUUUUCAUGCUUUCUCUCCAUUUUCAGAUUCCCCUCCAUUUUUGCUUGCGACUAAUGCAUAUUGAAAACGGUUUACUUUAUACUAUAUAUUGUACACUUAAUACACCCUAUACUGUAUAUUGUACACUGUAUGCUGUUUACUCUAUACUGUAUGCUGAUUACUGUACAUGGUAUACGGAAUACUGUGUACUGUACACUGUAUGCUAUAUGCUCUAUUGUUGAAACUGCAACUGUCCUCCAAGGGGGUAAAAAUAUGUUCCACAUUCUCGGGCCUUUAAAAAUCGCCAUCUGUCAGCCCGGUGUAGGCAAAAAUACCAUCAGUAAUGGUGUCUGGUUCUUGACUCCUUUUGGAAAGAUGGUAAAAAACACUCACAGGUGUGUGUGUGUCAUGGGGAACGAGGACACAGGGUAUUGCAUUGACCCAGUCCCUGUGGCAGACUUGAUGAGGACAUUGCAAAAAGCCAUAUUUGAUACAGUGGUGGCCCUAUGCGCAAUGUGUGUGUGUGUGAGUGUGUGUGUGCUGCUCCAUUAACUCUGCACGUGCUACCACUGCAGUCCAAGUUAAAUUCCGCGUCGGCAGCGGCUGCAUCUCUAAAAGCCCGUUGAAAAGGGCUGAGAGGUGUUGCGGAAGCGCUGAGCCGCGUCACAUGAUGCACUUUAAAUCCCACAGGGAGCCUCUAAUGUGCAGGGAGUGCCUGUUUACCACACCAGACCUUUGUGUUAACUGCCUGUUACACUCCAUGCUGACCCCCCGCCCGCGUUUCAAAGUGCCUUUCUGGUCUCUGCUUUGCUGAAUUUAAAUGCUUCUGCCAUCAUUUUUUUGUGAUCCUUUCCGAUUUUAAACAUCUGCACUGGAGCCUCUGUGAUUUACUGUUCAAUCCUGUAUCUACACGUAUGAAAUGAUUAAAUAG